AUGGCCCAGGCAGACAAGGAAAACGGAAACCACAGGAGCAAAGUCUUUAUCCACACCGACAACCAAGCCGCAAUCAGGUCGUCAGCCAAACCGAAAGGGAAGUCUGGCGCAUAUCUCCUCGAGAUCAUCGCAGACAAGACACAAGCCCUCCGCGAACAAGGACUCGACGUCGAGCUCCGAUGGGUCCCCGCCCACAUCGGCAUCCAGGGCAACGAAGCAGCAGACGCCGCAGCUAAAGAAGCCACAGGAUGGAGACAGAACGGACAGACGGGCGCCAAGGCAGACAAGCCGAGAGCCCUGUUCAAGCUUAGGUCCACAAUCAGGACCUGGUCACACAAGCAGUCGCACCAAAAAUGGCAAACCGACUGGCAAGCUGAGACGCGAGGAAGAACGUCGUUCCGUCUCACGCCGAAGCCGACAAAGAAGGUCCUUCAAGCUCACGAAGGGCUCAGCAAACGACAGAGCGCGCUUCUGGUCCAGAUGCGCACCGAAAAGAUCGGACUCCAGGAUUUCCUCUUCAGCCGAAGAGUACCGGGCAUCACCAACGCCAACUGCCCGUGCCGGGAAGGACGACAAACGGUAUCGCAUAUCCUGCUGCGAUGCCGCAAGUAUCGACAGCUCCGACGUCAGGAACUCGGAGCCCUCCCAGGACGACACAAUCUCCGGGUCAUACUGAACGAGCGCAAAGCAGCCGCCAAGGCAAUCAGGUUCAUAGAACAGACCGAGAUCCUUGGGCAAUAUGGGAUCGAGUCGCAACCCAGACAAAGCUGA